AGAAAGGUCAAUGAUAAACUUUUCUUUCUUCAACAACACAAAAACAAAGCCUUGUAACAACUGCUAUUCUCAUUUACAUCCAACAAUAAAUAAAACACAACUGGGUUUCUCAACUUUCCAUUUUCUUCAACCUUAAUUCUAUUUCACUUUCAAACAUGGGCAUCUCAUGGAGCAACACAAGCAACAGCCAUAGGAGGAGAAACCAAAACGACCUCCAUGCUCCUCCACCUCCUCCACCUUUCUAUUACCCACAAGAACCCUCUUUCCUCCCUACUCCACCCCCUCCUCUCCCUUCAACUAGCCACCCUUAUACUGCGCAUGCCCCAGCGCCUCCAAUUCACAACAAUUACUGCUGUUCCCCUCCGUUCAAUUCCUGCAGUUACUCAAACCCCAUGAUGGGCCGUUUCCCUAUUCAAUACCAACCUUAUUACGCCAACCAAAAUAAUGGGUGGCCAGCUAUUCGUGCUCAUGCCGUGUCGGCACCGCGGCCUUAUGUGGAGCACAAGAACGCUAAGAAAGUGAGGAAUGACGUAAACGUACAUAAGGAUACGCUGAAGCUCGAAGUAGACGAGCAAAACCCUGAUCAUCACUUGGUCUCUUUCGUUUUUGAUGCCUUGUUUGAUGGAAGUAUCACCAUUUUUUACUUUGCCAAGGAAGAGUUAAACUGUAGGUUUGUUCCACUAUUUCCUGAAGCCUAUGAGCCUGUGAGAGUCCCAUUUCAGAUGGGACUUGGCCAAAGAUUUCGGCAGCCUUCAGGAACAGGAAUUGACUUAGGUUUCUUUGAAUUGGCUGAUCUCUCAAAACCAUCACCAGGAGAAGAUGUUUUCCCUCUUGUAAUUUCUGCUGAAACAUGUAUGCCUCCUCAUUCAUCCAAUGAACUCGCUGAUGAUCCUGCACAAAAUACAUCAGCCCACAUGCAAAUUACUCAAGCUAUUCUGGAGAAGAACAAUGGUAACUCUUUCCAAGUGAAAGUGAUAAGGCAGAUAUUAUGGAUCGAUGGAGUUCGCUAUGAACUACGUGAGAUAUAUGGAAUAGGAAGCUCAGCAGCAGCAGAAGGCUUUGAUGAUUGUGACCCAGGGAAAGAGUGUGUUAUCUGCAUGACUGAACCUAAGGAUACUGCUGUUCUACCUUGCCGCCACAUGUGUAUGUGCAGUGAAUGUGCUAAAGCAUUAAGGCUUCAGUCAAAUAAGUGUCCGAUAUGCCGUCAAUCUAUCGAGGAACUUAUAGAAAUCAAGAUAAAUAGCAAUCAUUGAAAGUUUUCUUCUUGUCAAGUUUGAUUAUACGGUAUGACAUUCUUUUUGUUUGUAAUCUGCUGUCCAAUUCAUCUGUUUCACAUUUGUUUUGUAUAUUUUGAUCCUGAUCUUAUUCUUUUCUUUCUUUUGGCCCCCAAAAGAAAUUCAUGUCCACACAUCUUGCCAAGGAAGCCAUCUGACCAUACAUGUUUUAAGUAUGAUGGAAGUGUCUGUGAAAGCAUACAUAAUUAUCUAGUUUAUGCGAAUGGGAAUUGUUAGAACAACUUGUGGGCUCUUUCUAAAAUACAGUUUCAAGAUGUCAUUUAGUUAAUUAUGUAAAAGCUUUCAUCUGUUGUAAGUUUACUCUGUUUUCUUUUAUUUCUUCCGUUUUCCCCUUUGGGAAGCAAUGUAUAUUGGUGAGGUGAAUAAUCCUUUUUCCUGUUUGCUGCUUGAUGAUGAUUGAAGUUUCUAGAGAAUAUAUGACAACCACGUAAAGUGUUCAAAUUCUUUGCUUUCUUCUUUGUUGUUCUCCUUUUUGAGUAUGUUCAAAUACUGCAACCCUCCGUGCUUGAAGUUAAUCUAUUUUCUAUUGCCAUGUUACUGUUUU